UGCCUUUUCCAGUUUCCUGUCGUCAGUAAAACAUAUUGGCAUGUUCUGAAAUCUGAAUUUUCUCACACGUAUAAAUAACCACCGCCAUUGAAAUAAGUUUCUCUCGUCCUCCUCAUCCUCCACCCAAAUCUCCUCCUUCCCCUACCUCUCACCUUCCACCCUUCCCAGAGAAACCAUUAGUUCCAUAAAUUAACACCCUCGCCGGCGCCAUUCCCCCCACCGCCGGCUCUGCCUCUGCCUUCGCUUCCCCCGUUCCGGUUGGGCGCCUCCCGGAGCUCGAUCCUCAUUCCCCCUUUUGCCCUCCCCUGUUCCCGAUCUCGCCCAGCUCCGUCGAAUAAGGAAUAAGCAGGGGGGAAUCAUAUCAAGAUGAAGGCUUUGAUCCUUGUUGGAGGCUUCGGAACAAGGUUGAGGCCAUUGACCCUCAGUGUUCCAAAGCCUCUUGUUGACUUUGCAAACAAACCCAUGAUUCUGCAUCAGAUCGAAGCUCUCAAGGCAAUUGGAGUAACUGAGGUGGUUUUGGCUAUCAAUUACCAGCCAGAGGUGAUGCUUAACUUCUUGAAGGAAUUUGAGGCAAAGCUUGGUAUCAAGAUUACCUGCUCUCAGGAGACGGAGCCACUUGGCACUGCUGGCCCUCUGGCUCUUGCUAGGGACAAGCUAGUGGAUAAAUCCGGCGAGCCAUUCUUUGUACUCAACAGUGAUGUUAUCAGCGAGUACCCUCUUAAGGAAAUGAUAGCAUUCCACAAAUCCCAUGGAGGAGAGGCUUCUAUUAUGGUCACCAAGGUUGAUGAGCCAUCAAAAUACGGGGUAGUGGUCAUGGAUGAAGCCACAGGGCAUGUCGACAAAUUCGUGGAAAAGCCAAAGAUAUUCGUUGGCAACAAAAUCAAUGCUGGAAUCUACCUCUUGAACCCAUCAGUUCUGGACCGGAUCCAGCUGAGGCCCACCUCGAUUGAGAAGGAAGUCUUCCCCAAGAUAGCUGCAGACAAGAAGCUCUUUGCCAUGGUCCUGCCAGGGUUCUGGAUGGACAUCGGGCAGCCGAGAGACUACAUCACAGGGCUCAGACUCUAUCUAGAAUCACUAAGGAAGAAAUCCUCGACCAAGUUGGCCACUGGCUCCCACAUAGUCGGCAAUGUGUUGGUGGACGAGACUGCGACAAUAGGGGAAGGGUGUUUGAUCGGUCCUGAUGUCGCGAUUGGACCGGGAUGCGUGGUCGAAGCUGGGGUUAGACUGUCUCGUUGCACCGUGAUGCGUGGGGUGCGCAUCAAGAAGCAUGCCUGCAUUUCCAGUAGCAUCAUUGGCUGGCACUCGACUGUUGGCCAGUGGGCUCGGGUUGAGAACAUGACAAUCUUGGGGGAGGAUGUGCAUGUGUGCGACGAGAUUUACAGCAAUGGGGGUGUUGUCCUGCCGCACAAGGAGAUCAAGUCCAGCAUUUUGAAGCCGGAGAUAGUGAUGUGAGUCAUGUGACACACCAAAGAAAGGUAGUAGUGAAGAAUGGAAUUCAUGGUUUUGGGGGGAGGUGUAGAAUCAAUGUAUGUUCACUAGGGACGGGUCUGAGGUGGAAGGGGAGUUCUUCCAGUUCAACUGGAAAGAAAUUUGCCUGUUUCUCCCAUUUUCCCCUUUUUUUUCUCAUUUGGGUUUCAAUAUCAAUUGGCCUUUCUCCCAUGGAGAAGUGUAAAAGUCAGUCUGUUGUGAGUUGUCAUUUUUGUUUUUAUUGCCAAAUAGAAAUGUGAUAU